AUGGGUCGAGUUUUUCUAGAGCAUAUGGGUGGUAAUCGCCUUUUUUCUUGUGCUAAUUGUGGAACUAAUUUAACAAACAGAUCAGAAUUAAUAAGCACCCGAUUCACUGGGGCCACUGGCAGAGCUUUUUUAUUUAAUAAAGUUGUCAAUUUGACAUACAGUGAAGUACAAGAUAGAGUAAUGCUAACAGGACGGCAUAUGGUGAGGGAUGUUUCCUGCAAAUCUUGUGAAAACAAAUUAGGAUGGAUGUACGAAUUCGCUACCGAAGACAAUCAAAAAUAUAAAGAGGGUAGAGUGAUUUUGGAACGGGCCCUGGUAACUGAAUGUGACGGCAUGGAAGACAGAGUUUAUAAUGUACGACGAGGACGUGAUAUCAGAAAUUAA